UUGCAUCUUCUCUCUCUUCCUCCCUAUACUCACUUUCUUCUAACUUUUGCACCUUCUUUCUGGAUUUCCUGCACAUUGUGUUUCAGAUAAUGAGACUGCUUAUUACCAUGCCAUCUGCGGCCUAGUAAUAAACAGCAGGAUCAGGCACCUUCAUCAUUUCACCACACUGUAAAUGUCCCGUUUCUGGGUGCAGGAAAACAAUUUAACAAAGAAAAGAAACAAGUAUCAUCCACUUCACCCUUUUCAUCAGAGUUGUUAUCACAAGAUCACUUUGUCUUUAUGCCAAAUGCAACAACCGCUGCGACGAGCCGCAUAAUCGACUUGCAACAUCUCCUAAAGGUGACCAAACAUAUUUUCAGUCUGAAUUGCACAACACACAUUCAAUGGCAGAUGGGGGAAAUAGAAGUCCAAUUAGCACCCACUUGGAGCCUAACCCUUUUGGUGAAGCUCAUCCUUAUCCAAUGUCAAAUAGCACAUCCUCCUCUUCAUCAUCACAAAACCCCUUCUUAUUCGUGAGUGAUGCCACCAAAACUAACAAUGUUGGUGCAUAUGCAAAUCAAACGGAGCAUGACCAUCUACAUUCAUUUUCUGCCAUGAAUCAAGAAAGAAGUGGCAUGACUAACAAUAGUGUUAAUGGACUUCCGGGUGGUCUGCUAGACUCCCAUUUAUCAAUGUCACCGCAUACCAAUGAAUCAUCACCAGGGAAUCCCUUCCAUGUGCCAACAAGUUCAACCGUUGGUAGUGAAAGUCAUCAUACACUUCCUUCACCGGAGCGAGGUCAUUGGAGCGUGCCUAGUAGCGAAGCAAGGACACAGCCUUUUAACACUCAUGAUGAAACACUUGAUCCCUUUCCAGGCCAACUAUCAGACCCCUUAUUCUCAUUAGAAUCAGCAAAAAACCAACAACGAGCUGAUGCUACUACCACCCCAAUGAGUGAACAGCAUGACCCAUUUUCAGUUACAAAUGAAAGACAACCCCAUUCUGCAAGUUCCGCCACGAAAUCACCUCAAAAACGGGGAAAGGAUGUUAAGUUCGCUACCGAAAUAUGUGAUGAUGAUAUCCCAAUCAGUUCUUUUCCCAACCAUGGACAACAACAUAGUGAUGGUUUGCCUGCCUUCGGCAAUGGUUCAGAAAAACAAAAUCCUCCGAUACAGGUAAUGGAGCGUCCAGAGAAUCCUUCAUCUUCUUCCGAUUAUAGGUUUCCAUCUCAUGUGUUUGAUAGACACAAAUCAAACACCCAAUGGAGCACUGCCUCUAAUGAAUCAUUGUUCAGCAUUCAAAUGGGAAACACGAGUUUCUCAAGUGAUUUGGGUUGGAUUACUAAAUCUGGCGAAAUGGAAAGACUCAGUGACAUGAACACGUCUGGUUCACCAUUUCAUGGAAACCAGCCCCCACUCCCACCUCAACACCAAUCCCCAGCAACAAAAUUCACUGAUAUGUGCCAUAGCACUGCCAAACAACAUGAAGGUUCAAAAGUGACUGAAGAAAAAGCUGCCGAGACAAUGAGAGAGGUUAUAAUGGAAAGCAGCAUAAAAAGAAGUAGCCUAAGUAACGCGGAUUUGACAUAUCCUGGACGGGCAUCAUAUUCUGAUAUGCAUUGUAGUUCUGACACUCAUUCUCGUCAUUCAGAUGGCAGCACCAUAUCCUUUGCGUUCAAUGUAUUUACUGAUGGAGAAAAAGCUCUUUCAGCAAAGCAUGAAGAGGAGAAGAAAAAGCAGCAGACACAGCCAGCGCAGCAGAGCACCGAAGCAACAUCAGAUGCAGUUCAGGCACCCAAGCAAGCCCCAAAUGCUCCUCAGAACAAAUCGUGGCUAUCUUGCUUCCCAUGCUGUUGAUUAGAACACGUUAGGUCCCCAUAUGAUCAUAGUGUCUCUUAGCUUCUGCCAAAAUUAUUUUGUUGUCUCUGUCACCUUUACAGUUUAGUAUCACUCACAUGCACUACAGGGUAGCUCUAACUGGCUAGUUCUUAUUCAACUUUUUUCCAUUGCUAAACAUGUACCUCAACUUCGGAGACCAGUCACAAAAUUUCUGGUUAACAAUGUACCAUAAUAGGUUAGUUUGAUAGCACUUUUGGUAGAUAAAUGAAUCAUCAGGAAAAGUCAAGGGGUCCGGGAUUCCUCAGCAAAUUCUUUUGUGAUGGCACACUAAAACACAUGCACGCAAGUUUGAAAGGUCAAAGUUUCUGUGGCAUGUUAACAUUAACAUCAGUUUGGUUAUGCUAAUAUUCCAUUGUCAUUUGUCACUUUUAAGGAUGUUGUCAAGUAUCUAAAAGUCUCUCGCAGCGGUAAUUGAAAAAGGAAGACCAAUUUGUAAGU